AUGCCGCCUACAAGUCAAGAACUUUCGCUCCUUAUAAACCCCCUCGUCCCAGAAUCAGUCACACAUAACAGCCGGAUACUCGCAAACCUUCAUUCCCUCAUAGCCUUCCUACUAGGCACGGCAGCCGGUAUCCUCGGCCUCCAGUCCGCGUACGGCUUCACAUUCUACUUGCUAGGCACAAUAUUUGUUUCCUUCCUGGUCCACGGCCUGCUAGUGAAAGACAACACCACCCCCAGAGCAGCAGGGAAAAGCACGAAUAAAGGCGUUUCUGGUGUUGGUGCCUACUUCCCGGGCGAUGGGGAACUAGUUCCCGUGAGCGGUGGUGGGUAUGUGAGAAAAGGAGCCUGGAAGGAUCUGUGGUUCAGCGGACUGGUUGCUACAGAGGCCAUUAGCGGGUUUGUUCUUGGAUGGGCUGGUGUGGGUGGUGUUUUGAGAUAG